GACAAAGCGGAGAUCUGAGCUUCUCCAAAGGACGGUGCACUGACUGUUCGAGUAGCAUCUUUGAAUAGCGAAAGAAGCAGCAGAAAAGACGAUGAUUCUCCGGUGCACGGCAGCGUCGUUUCUGCUCCUGCUGGGCACUGCGGAUGUGGCCACGGGCGACAGCACAGCCAAGAGCGCCGUGCGCGUUCUGACAGAUGCAAACUUCGAACACGACACACAGGUAAGGUAGGUAAUGGGAGCGGAGCCCUGCCCUCUGGCAAACAAAACACUUGUGCAUGCCUGUGCGGGUGUUUGUGUGUUGAUGUUGGUCGAUGAAUGCCGUCAGGCGUCAAGCGGUGCGACAACAGGCGAUUGGUUCAUCGAGUUCUACGCUAAUUGGUCUACCUACGCAGAAAGAGAGAGACUCAUCAGGGUGGAUGGAUGGACUCGUCACUUGUCACUCAGGUGUGGUCACUGCCAGCGGCUGCAGCCGACCUGGGAGGAGCUAGCAGCCAACCUUAAGGGCCGCGUGGUGGUGGCCAAGGUCGACUGCGACGCCAACACAUCCACACGAAGCAGAUUCAACAUCCAGGUGAGUGAGGUGCCUGCCUGCCUGCCUGACGACAGACAAGAUCGAUCACCAGAGGGAGGGGGAUGAUAUGUAUGGCUCAAUCCAAUCCGCCGUCCGUUCCCCUCCCUUACUCUCUCAGGGCUUCCCGACGCUGCUGCUUCUGCGUCAGGGCCGCAUGUAUGAGUACAAGGGUGCCCGCGACCUGGCGGCCCUCGAGGCCUUCGCCACAGGGGGGUACAAAAAGACGCCCGGCAAGCCCGUCCCGCCCCCCGAGUCGCUGCUGGACCAGCUCAAGAAGGAGGCCAUGCUGCUGCUGGACAUGAGCAUGAGGUUCGCCAAGGAGCACCCGGUGCAUGUGGGUGUGGCCGUGGGUGUGUCGGUGAUGCUGGGGACGGUAUUCUCGCUGCUGAUGAUGGUGCUGACGCGACGGAAGCGGACGGGCGGUGAGGUGGCGCCGGAGGAGAAGAAGACUGAGUGAUUGGGGUGAGUGGUGUGUAGGGGGUUGUGUACAAAAGUAAUGAAGGCAGCACUGACUGCAGGGUGUUUGUUUAUUGUGUAUGUCGCGCUUCGUCGUAUCCAUCGGCUUUCCACAGCCAUGCAUAUGCAUACGGUCGGACAUCUGGUCGUUGUCAUCGUGGGGUGCAUGAGGCACAGCCCCUGUCACGUCACGAGGGCUGUCGUCAUCUCAUACACCUCACGACGACAAAGGUCAAGUGUCCAGGCGUGUGACGGCAGUGAGUGAGUUGUAUAACUUUUGUGUCUUCGUAUGUGUGGGCGAUGGACAGUGCAUCCACUCGCAUGCGCGUGCACAAUAGAUUCCGAUUCCGCGUGAUAUAACGUAUCAGA